UUGAACCAGGGAGGUAUUUCAUGCAGCAGGAUCACUGAGUUAGCUAGGCUGUAUGAAACCCAGAACAUAUAUGUUGUGAGAUUUGUUGCCAGGGCAUUGUGGUUAAAGCUGUCUCCUGUUCAGGAGUCCUUCCCAUCUUUGCGUUAUCAAUGAAAAAAAAAACCUAUUGGACGGUUGGGUUGCAGACGAGCGACAAUGACAGUUUUCCCCUUCCUCCCUCCCUCUCUCUCUAUAAAACUGUCGCGCACCAAGGAGACGCACAGGAAGAGGGAAGCACAGCCCGUGCUGGUCACACCCAGAGGAAACAAGAGAACAGGUGUGCUUCUCACAGGCCCACUCUCACGCUCGCUCGGUCACCAGGCACUUUCCGCUGCACCUGGGGAAGGUCUGUAAAAUAGCAAAAUGGGCUGCUUCAAGAUUCUCAAAACCAUAAUGUUCCUUUUCAAUGGGAUCAUCGUUGUGGCAGGUGGGGCGAUCCUGGGCGUGGGUGUGUGGGUGAAGGUGGACAGCGGCUCUCUCCUGGGCUUCCUGGGCAGCAUUAAAAACGCUCCGGGGGAGCUCAGCCAGGUGCUGAACGUGGGCUACCUGCUGAUCGCCGUGGGAGCAGUGCUGCUGCUCAUCGGCUUCCUGGGCUGCUGUGGAGCGGCCAAGGAGAGCAAGUGCAUGCUCCUGCUGUUCUUCGUCAUCGUGCUCAUCAUCUUCAUCGCAGAAGUGGCGGGGGCCAUUGCAGUCCUGAUCUUCAAACCCCUGGUGGCAGGCCUCAUUAACUCCGUUGGUGAAGACGCCGUUAAAAGCAUUAAGAGAAUCUAUGAUUCAGACUCCGAUUUCACUGCGCUUUUAAACACCACCAUGUAUGGGCUGACGUGCUGUGGGUUCUAUGGCUACUCUGACUUCACAGGUUCUCCAUUCACCAAUAGGACCCAGCAGUACCCAGGACCCUGCUGCAACGGGUCACUUUGCGACCAAGAAGAAGCACGUGGAAUGAACGUGACCGGGUGCCUCGGCAGGGUGGGGGAGCUGAUCGAGGAGAACGCGGUGGUCCUGGGUGGAGUGGCACUCGGGAUCGGUGCUCUCGAGAUUGCUGCGAUGGUCGUAGCCAUGACCCUGUACUGUAAGAUUGGCAAGUGAAGAUCGGAGGCCCUGAGGCACACGGACACAGCGGCCAGCCCCAUCCCAGCCAAGCCCAAAUCCAGACAUCCUCUGAUCCAGAUGCCCCUUGUGUACCCAAAUCCAGACAUCCUCUGACCCAGACGCCCUUUGUGUACCCAAAUCCAGAUGCCCAUCCAGACACCCCAGUCAACCCCAAAAUUCAGUCCCGGUCGUGUUACGCAUACGGAAGACUGGUGCAAGUCUGAUGAUGUUGUGUUAAAGAACACCCUUUAUUCCCUCUCAUUUUCGUCAUACCUGUUCUUUAAGUGACCAAGAAAACAAAGGACAUUGCAUCUAUGCUCUGUAAGAUGAAGAAAUAUCCCUCUAUCUCCGGCCUUUUUAUGAACGUGAUAUAUUAUACAUCUAUAAUUCAAAAUUAUUUUAUAAAAUGCUGUCACAUGCCUGGUCUUCAAAGUAAUUCAUUUAAAUUUUUACUUGGAAAAAGUGCACAUCAUAUUUUUCUUUUUACAAUACAAAUAUGAUAUGAUCAGAUGUGGUUUUAUAUGGGCAGAUAGGAUACUGCUUUUUUUAUAUAAAUAUAAUUGUUUGUUUUGGAUGUAGAUUUUGUUAUAUUAGUGCCUUUAUCCAAACGUGCGUUCAAGAUGGCAAACAUUAGCUAACGUUCGCCAACACAUUUAAACUAAAUAAAUAAAGUCUGUUCGCCGCCGCCGCCAAAGUUAGCUUACGUUAGCGAACAGUUUGAAAAGGUAGCUAGUGCAACAAAAAUAUCUGCUGAUUGAGAAAACAGCGAUCAAAAGUUGACAAUUAUUUGGCUGUUACACGUUAAUCAUUGUAAUAUUGGUUCUUACCUUAAAAAUAAAUCACAGGUAAGCGAAGAAUCACCUAGCUGGCAUUGUUUGACCCAAGUCGCAUCCAUCUGUAUUAGAAAGUCGUUGGAGAUUAACUUUUUAAAUCGUUCAAGAGUAAUGCAGCGAACAUGUGCUGUCUUGAACCCACGUCGGGUACCAGGUAAUCUGAACUUCUUUAUUAAAUAUGCUACGGAAAAUUGUAUUUCUGGGUAAAAACAGAAGGUAUGUAAAGAGAAACUGCAAGCAAUCAAGAGCCAGAAGAGUACACAGUAAAAUGUGCAGUGUUACUUCAACUCUAACAGUGUUUUUGAGUCCAUGAGGGACCACAUUUACUGGGUAAGAGUUGUUUUAACUGAAUAUUUUAUUGUGUAAACAGACAUAUUGCAGACAUGACAUUGUCAGGGACUGAAGAAUUGUUUUUAAGGAUAAUUUUAAAAUGAGUUUUUGUCUGUUUUUCCACAUUAAUUUCUUAAUAGAAAAUAAAAUGCACUAUUUACAAGGUACUGUUUUUAUAACUGGAAUGAUUUAUUUUGACAAGAAUUGCUUGGAUUCGUUCAAAAGCUCUAAGGUGACAGAAGCAAGAAUUUUUACAGUGACAUUUUCUGAAAAUGAAUAGGUUUGUUUGCUGUGGCUCGACAUUUUCAAAAUGUAUGAGAAAUGCUAAUUAUCA